AUGAAAGUGGCAUCUUUUAACAUUCAGAAGUUUGGAAAAAGCAAAGUGUCCGAUCCAGAUGUUGUCAAUAUCCUGACCAAGAUCGUGUCUCGAUAUGACAUCAUUGUGAUUCUGGAAGUGGUGGACAUCAGCGGAGAGUCUAUCAAAACCUUCCUGGAUGCACUCAACAAGUCAGUGCACAACAGGAAGCAUCACUACACUCUGAAGAUCAGCAGUCGUCUGGGUCGAACGCGCUACAAGGAGCAGUUCAUGUUCCUGUACAGGGAUGACUUGGUCGACUUGGUGGGCUCCCAUCAGUUUGACGACCAGCUGAAUGAGGGAGGAGACGUUUUCGCCAGAGAUCCAUACAUCCUGCGAUUCAGAUGCCUCAAUACAGUGCUGAAGGACCUGGUGAUGAUCCCAGUUCACACCAAACCAGAGGACUCAGAGACGGAGCUGGACGAGCUCUACGACGUCUUCCUGCACGUCAAGAAGGCGUGGAGCACUGAUAACGUGAUGAUCCUGGGCGACUUCAACGCCGAUGGCUCCUACGUCUCCAAGAAGGCGAUGAAGGGCAUUCGUAUCCGUAACGACAAGAACUUCCACUGGCUGAUUGGAGACGAUGUCGACACCACGGCCAGCACCGGGAACGACCACUCAUACGACAGGAUCGUGGUCUACGGAGACGACAUGCUCCAGGCCAUCGUACCUAACUCUGCCAAACCCUUCAACUUCCAGAAGGCUUAUGGACUCAGUGACGAGCAGGCUCUGAAAGUCAGCGACCAUUACCCAGUGGAGGUGGAGCUGAAGUCCGUAAACAAGAUAGAUGACGAGAAUGGUGUGAAACCGAAGUGGCCGGUCGAGUCAGUACCUGUGGGCCUCGUGCCGCUGGACGAGGAUCUGCUGGAGCUGAAGAGAGGGAACCUGCUGCUGGAGAGAGAGAAGCUGCAGCUGGAGAUCCAGAUCCUCCGACAGAAGAUGGCCAAGAUGAACAGUGGAGAUUAUACACCACACCCUGACUCCGAGGACGCGCAGCUCUGUGUGAGACAACGGGACGAAGAACUGCAACGCCGGUGA